AUGAAUCGUUUGGAUCUGGAAGCUUCUAAAAAGCAGGCAAAGGAUGCCAUUCUUCGAUUAUUGCCACUUCACAUAACGUUCCAGAACUACAUUAUGGAAGGUAUUGACGAAGAGCUUCUGAAAUCGCUCUUCGAAGAUUUAGGUCUCAAGAUCCCUGAGACUACAACCGUCACAUCAAAGCCAGAAGAGAAGAAGUCUGCAACGUCAAAGGUGACAGAGGAGACCAGUAGUCCGAAGGCACUGGACGUCGGCAAGAGAAAUCCUCCAAAAUCUGCUGUCGUCGAUCCAUCCGAAUCCCGGAAGGAUCGAAUCGCCCGUCUGCUUGCUGCCAAAGGGUCAAAACAAAGCUCCACGCCCGCGUCAACACCAGCCGAUGACACGGUUAUUCCAAAAAGUACAAAGUCGAUGGCUACGAGUGCCAAGCCAACAUUGAGUCAGUCAGAAAAGUCUAGGUUGUUACAGCAGAAAAUGGAUGCUCUCAAAAAAGCAAGAGAAGCCGUCACGCAACGAAAUUCCACUCAGCCAGACGAGAGAGAUUUCCGGAAGCGCGAUUCGACUCCAGAGGCACCUUUUCGGACUAGAGGUCAUGAUAAAUCUUUCAGCGCUCCCCAAAACGAUGCUUUGCCAAGUAUUAUCCCAGGGCUGUCAUGGUCACCAAGCAAACAAGGCUCAGAGUUACCUCCGGCUCUGCAGCAAUCUACGGCGACUCUCCAGGUCGCAGAUCUAAGCCAUGUCCGAUCGGCCCCAGCCUUUGAUCAGAAAACGGAGUCUCGACCAUUUCUGAUUGACGUCAGCGAGGGGGAAGGGGACGAUGACGAGCAGGAAAUGGACAUUGACUCUGCAAGUCAAACAGAGACUCCUCCAGAUAUGCCCAACACGCCAAAUCAACAGUAUGAUUCACUGCGAAACGCACAGGCCGCGGCCGAUUCCUCCACAACGCGACAAGUGAGGAGUCCUGCAUCAGCCUCAACGCCGCUGAGGAGCGCAAGCCGAAAUAAUGGCAGCGACUUGGAAAGUAUGAAUAAGCAGAUAGAAGAGAUGAAGAGAAAGAUUGCCGAGGCUGAGGCCCGUAAGAAGGCCAAGGACUCACGACAAGGCUCUCCUGCACUCUAUCAGCCGAAUGACAGUCCUGUCGAGGAUGCUUCCGAUACCACCAGUCGACCGGCAGCACUUUCACGAUCUUACGGCGAGUUGGGACACAGGCCAAGGGCAGCUCGGGGGCCAGGCAAUGAACGGCGCUCGCAGUCUCGCGCCGCAAGUGAACGCCUACCUUUGAUUGAAUCUCGACGCAGAAAGCAACGACUGAAGCUCAAGGCCCUCCAGUUCGAAAUCGCGAGAAUCGAACAAGAGUUGGAAGAAGAUAUGCUUGAAGAAGAGAGGCUAAAAGGAGAACUUUUGACCUCAGAGUCGGACAAAGAGGUGGAGACUGCCGCUCCAGUUGAACGAUCCAGCUCUGAGCCGUUUAAACCGGAACAACCUGAUGAUGUAGAGGAUGUUGUUGGCGAACAGUCACUUCCAUCUCGUGGGUUGCCUGUCGCAAUCGAACCUACCGCCGGCGUUGGUUCGUCGGACGCUGGCAAUGAGGGCGUUGUGAGCACGACGACUCCGCCUGAAGCGAAUGAUAUGAGCCCCAUGACCUGCCCAGCAACUGAGGCGCCGGUCCGGAGCUCCCAAGCCUCCCCUGUGCAUUCGGACAGCCCCGAGGAUGUGGAUAUGGAAGAUGCAGGCUACUCUGCAGACGAAGACGUCGAAGAGAAUUUCGAAGAAGACUAUGAGCCACCAGAGGCUAACACGUCUUCAGCAGCAAGCGCAGUGGCAAGCAACCAUGAUCUUCUAGAGCAAGGCUGUGCUAUGUUAUCGCAGGCUGAGGACGUCCCGAAAGCCGGCCCAGUCACAUCAGAUGCUGGCCCUACUUUCUCAAGUGGCUUUGACUUGCCAGAGCCAGCUUCGACAACUGAACCUGGCGAGCCUGUCACUUCAAAGACUAGCUUUGUUCCCUACGAAACACCACUGCAGUACUUCCAUGCGUAUCGAUUUCACCCCUCGUUCAACAGAGAUGUGGCAGGUGGAUUGCGGUCAUUAACCUACAGUAACGAAAUCGACGUGAAGAAGGAACUUUGCCCUGAUGAUCUGGCGGGACAGAAAUGUCCUAGAGGAAGUCAAUGCGACUUUCAGCACUUUGACACGAUGCAAGCUCCGGAUGACCAGAUCCUGCUUCAACUAGGAGCAGCUGACCAUUACGGCGAGGAGCAGAGGCAAAAGUACAUUGCUGGUCUAACUCAGCUUCUAACCGACUUUCGACGCCGCAAAGUCAAAGAUUUCAACACUGUUGGCCAAGGGAUCAUCGAUUUCCGGGCCAGAUUCCUUGGGGACAGGACCAAAAUUCUACCGUUGGGUAGCGUCAAUCUCUAG